CCUGGACCCGACGGAAGUCGUAGCUCACCCUAUGGACUGCACACACUACAUCCAGUGUGAGUUUAUGAAACCCAUUAUUCGACCGUGUUCAGGAGGUUUGGUCUUCAAUUCCACAAUGAAAACCUGUGUCAAACCGUCACCAGAUCUACAGUGCUCAUCUGUACAGCCCUGCAACAACAUUAACGGAGGCUACUUCGCGCACCCAACAAACUGCAGGUUCUACAUCAUCUGUGACCGUGGCCGGACGGUCGUCCAGGCCUGUAAGAUUAACUUCCUGUGGGAUGAUGUCAGCAAAACGUGUGUUGUGGCGGGGAAUGGAAGCAAAUACAUCAAUAUUGUAACUUUAAUUUUCUUUCAACCUCAGGUAAUUUCUUUUUCCCACGAAACUCCAGAGUCUUUUUUUUUUUCCUUUUGCAAAAACUUGUCUGGCGGUUUUCCCUGCUUCUUAAAUGAAGCAAUUACCAAGUCUGUCCUGAUGGUCUUUUGUUUUAAUUCCCUUUAA